AUGCAAGCCCCCACGCCGCCCGGCUCGUCCGAUGGCGCGUCGCCCGUCCGCGCGCACAGCAGCAAGAAGCCGUCGCCCGCCGACUUCAUGUUCGGCGCCACGCUGGGCGAAGGCGCCUACGCCCGCGUGGUGCACGCGCGCAUGAAGGACACGGGCGUGGAGUACGCGGUCAAGAUCAUGGAGAAGCGCUUCAUCCGCAAGGAGAAGAAGGUCAAGUUCGUCAUGAUGGAGCGCAAGGUCUUCUCCAAGAUCUCGCACGACCGCGUCGUCAAGCUCUUCUUCACCUUCCAGGACAACAGCUACUUGUACAUGGUGAUGGAGCUGUGCCGCGGCGGUGAGCUGCUCGACGUGAUCACUAAGCACCAGAAGGAGCAGGCUGCUGCGGGAUACACGGACCGCGCGUGCUCGCUGGAGCUCACGAAGUUCUACAUUGCCGAGGUGGUGGUGGCGCUCGAGUAUUUGCACAAGAACGGCGUGAUCCACCGCGAUCUCAAGCCCGAAAACAUUCUUCUUAGCGAUGACGGCCACCUCAAGGUGACGGAUUUCGGCACGGCCAAGGACGAGACGGAGGAGAGCCGCCACAACACUUUCUGCGGCACGGCGGAGUACGUGUCGCCCGAAGUGCUGCGCGACCAGGAGGCUUCUCGCGGCUGCGACCUGUGGGCGAUGGCGUGCAUGGUGUUCCAGAUGCUGGUGGGCCGACCCAUGUUCCGCGCCGAGAAUGAGUACCUCACUUUCCAGCAGAUUUUGAACCACCCCGCGGAGGACUUUGCAUACCCGCCUGGAUUCCCGCCCGUCGCGAAGGACCUGAUCGACCGCAUUCUCCUGCAGGAGCCGAACGAACGUCUUGGAGCUGGCUCGGAUGAGGAAGGAAAUGGAUACAACGCGCUCAAGGCACACCCGUUCUUCGAAGGAGUGGACUGGGACUCGGUUGGAUACGUCCAGCCGCCGUACGUGCCAGAAAUCGGCCGGUUGCCACCUACUGACUACGAUGGUGCGACCGAGGACUGGCUGUUUGCUGGUGUUGCAACGGAGCUGCAGGUCUCGUCGGGACUCGCGCUGGACCCCCCGCCUUCUCCGGCGGAGCACGUUAACGUAGUGGAAGUGGCCCGCCAGAAGGCAGCAAUACCGCCUGCGAUGCGGCGUACGAGCUCGCUCUGGAACCGGUUCCUGCUGGAUGACGAGCUGAUUAAGAUGGGCGGGCUCAUUAGCAAGCGCAAGGGCCUCUUCUCCAAGAAGCGACAAUUGAUUCUCACGUCGAAGCCCCGUUUGAUCUACAUUGACCCCAUUAGAAUGAAGCAAAAGGGAGAGAUCCCGUGGUCCGACAGCCUCUACGUGAAUUCAAAGAGCGCGACCGCCUUUGACGUCGUGACGCCGAACCGGGUGUACCAUCUGAACGACCUCGUCAACGGGUCGAAGAAGUGGAUCGAGGCCAUCAACGCGGCGCUGGUGCGUCGGAUGUAAACAACCGACCGACGCCCCCACUCGAACCCUCUUGCCCCGCUACAGUAAUGCUUUGCGCAAAUGGAUUACAUGUUGAGUAGACGCUGUUCGUUGCCGAGUCUGCCUCAAAGAGACCACGAAAUGCAAAACUUUACCCGUGAACUUCAUCUUCCACCCUCUC